AUGGAUUUGGGUGUUCUAACGAAACAGGAAAUGUCACAAGUCAAUGACUUUGUAUUUGGCUCUGAAGGGUACCAGAACCUUUCGCAGGCGCCUUCUCUGCUAAGGACACUGACAGGACUCAGAAAGUCGCCGAUAGACCAGUCAUCGCUCACCUUGGACAGCCAGAAGAUCAUUGGGGCCUCGUUCUCGCAUCUGGACCUUGUUGCGUCCGAGUCGCAAAAACGCACUUCUUCGCCCGACACGCGGUCUGUGCACUCGAACGGGUCCACCAAAUCACCUAGACCGAGUCUGAACUUGAACAUGUCGCGAUCGAAGAAGUUGUACGACCUUUCGACGCAGGUCGACGACGAUGCCGACUGGAACGACGAGAUCGAAGACUUGACAUCUCCGCAGGACCCCAAACCGCAAUUUUACCCCGACAUCUCGGAUCUCACGCUCCAGGACUCACCGAUGGAGAGAAAUCCGUCGCAGCAGUCUGUUCCCGUGCCAGACAGAACACAGCCAGAGCACGAGCCAACCGAAUUUCUCAGACCAGACUACGAAUCCAUCGUGAAGGACCCGUUCGUGAUUCUGGAAAGACCAAGCACCGACGGCAAGUACGCUAAGUUUGUGAAGGCACUGACAACGCAGCCAUUCGACAUGGCAGAGCUGCGCAAAUACGCAUGGAGCGGUAUUCCUCCAGCAUUGCGUCCGCUCGUUUGGCAGAUCUUGCUCGGAUACUUGCCGGCCAACAACUCCACAAGAGAGUCGGUUUUGAGCCGCAAACGUAAAGAGUACACCAACAACAUGACACAACUAUUCAGAGCGGAAAAGGACCAGGCCAUGUGGCACCAGAUCUCGAUCGACAUCCCGCGAACAAACCCAACAAUAAAGCUCUACUCGUUCGAGUCGACACAGCGCUCGUUGGAGAAAAUACUGUAUCUGUGGGCAGUGAGACAUCCUGCCAGCGGAUACGUGCAAGGAAUCAACGAUCUGGCUACCCCGUUCUACCAGAUCUUUUUAUCCACAUAUCUCUGCGACCACGUGAACGUGGAAACGUUCAACACAAACCAACUCCCGCAGGAGCUGGUCAAUUGCAUCGAAGCAGACACGUACUGGUGCCUGACAAAAAUACUAGACACGAUUCAAGACAAUUUUAUCCAUGAACAGCCAGGGAUCAUCAGACAGGUUUCUGAGCUACGCAACUUGAUGAGAAGAGAUGAGCCGUACUUGGCGCAACAUUUCGAGGAAGAAGGAAUAGAUUUUAUUCAGUUUUCGUUCCGCUGGAUGAACUGUAUGCUGAUGCGAGAGUUCAAGCUGGACCUGAUUGUGCGAAUGUGGGAUACUUAUAUUUCCAACCAUCCUACCGGGUUCAAUCAGUUUCAUAUUUACGUUUGCUGUGCAUUUUUGCGCAGAUUCAGCGACCAACUGGUGGAGAUGGAUUUCCAGGACAUCAUCAUGUUUUUGCAAGAUUCGUCCAAGACGGAUGACUGGACAGAGGCGGACAUUGAGAUGAUGCUUAGUGAAGCGUUUGUCUGGCAAUCGUUGUACGAAAACGCCAGUGCCCAUCUUCGAACAUAG